GUGUAUAUAUAUAUAUAUAUAUAUAUAGUAAGGAUAUCAGUGUGUUCUGAAGUAUACUGUCUUAUUGUAUCGUCAAUAGCAAUAAUAGAGGAACUCCAGUGUGGGAGGCGACAUUCCUCUGAGUCCAAUCAUUAUAAGGAAAUGUAAACAUUGUUUCAGUGACUCCCUCAGUGCAGACUGACAGGCUGGAUGUGAACUCUGGCAGGCGUAGAUUAUGAUACUCAUUUCUAACACACUGUAAACAUGGCUGUUAGUAACACUACACUGUUUACACCCCGGUGUGUUUGGCAUACUUUACUCCUAUUGUGGAUCCUGCUGUGGGAAGCCGGCUGUGAAAACCAAUACCAAGCAGAGGAGGUGGAGAUUUUCCAUUCUGAUAAACAGAAAUCAUUGGAAUGGAAAUCUGAGCCAAACGAAGGGUGGACUUCAGUUAACCUUGCUUCAGUCCCUGUGCUUCAAGCUUGUGCAAGGCGCAUGACAAGAGCUGUUUUAAGCCCGUGGAUGGAGCGGAAAGAUGCCCACUACAUACUGAUGGAUAUUUCCUUAGCCCAAGAACAACAGCCGUCUGAACAGCUGAGCCCACUACAAGUUCACUUUUUUGACAAAAAUACACCAAUUACAAGGUUUCAAAAUAGUUUGACCGUCCUGAAUCUUAACACCUCCAGGCCUUUCCCUGUCAAUGCAGUCCUGCUAUCCGGAUACUUUGAGCGCAGACUGGCUCUGGGCCUGGGCCCCGUCAGACAGACAGGCUUCCAGCUGGCCUUCUCCUACUCUGGAACAUGUGUGCUGCUGACAUCCAUCAGACUGUACUACAGGAGGUGCCCUGACAUCGUUAGUAACCUGGCCUUGUUUGAAGGGACGGGGGCUGCGUCGGGUGACCUGAGGGGCUCCUGUGUGAACGGAGCUGUGGAGGUUUCUCCUCCUGUUAGAGAGUGUGAGGCGGAUGGAGAAUGGGGUCCAGAGCAUGGAGGAUGUAACUGUAAACCCGGCCAUCAAGUCAUGGAUGACACAUGUCGAAGUACGGAGAUUAACUUUUUCAAUUACAUUACUUUAAAAUAUGCUGCUUUACUGAUGACUAGAGAAUACAAUUAGAUAGAAGACAGACAAGUCAGAGGAGGAGUUAUGU